AUGUCGAGAGCACUUGAUGCAAGUGUUAAGGAGUCUCUCAAGCAUGGUGAUCACCGUGCCGUGUUUGAUGAGAUUUCUACCGCCCUCACAGAACCCUUUAGCGAGCUCCUUGAGAUUGAGCUGUUAGGCAAAAGCCACGUGCUUGAUCCCAACGAGAUAAUCCUACGGGAUGAUAAUGCCAUUGCAAUCCCAAAACUACGGCUCGUUCAGGCCUUCCUGGUAGCACACAGAAUAUUUAUGAGCCAUAUAAAAGAUGGCAGCACAGUAUCGACUGACGAGAUCUUAAGGUCCACAGCAGUUAUGUUGCUGAUGGAUCCGGAGCACUUGACCGCUGCCAACGCAAGAAAGAGAGUCCUUGGGAAACGACUCGAAGGAGAAAAAGAAAAUGUCAAGGAAAUACUACGAACGGAGAAGAGUCUGAUGGAUAGCUUACUGACCAGCCGCCUUCACCGGCAUACAAAAUCACCAACGCUCUGGAAUCACCGUCGAUGGCUGAUGGACCAGUUCCGCCUUCAUGAGUUGGACGUCCCUGCCGAGGAUGAUGUUACAAGAAUCAUCAUGGUAUCCGGAGAGCGACAUCCGCGAAACUACUAUGCCUGGUGCCAUGCCAGAUAUUUAAUCAACACCUUUGUCACCCCAUCCCCAAACAUGAACGAGGUCCUACCGCGCCUCGUCUCAGCAACGCAAAAGUGGUGCUUCGCCCAUCACGACGACAUUUCCGGGUGGCAGUUCCUCAUCUUCCUCAUUGACAAGCGACCACCAACCGAGACAUCGCCCAUCUUUCGCGAGACCCUCAACCUCGCGGCGUCGUUCAAGUGGCGCAACGAGUCGGUCUGGUACUUUCUCCGGCACAUGGCCGCCUGGGGCUCCACAAACGCCGACCUGGACGAGUUUGAGCUGGUGAGGAGGACGCUGUGGGAGAGUGCACCAGAGGAUGGGUUUGAGCAGCUGACGCUGCAGAGGGCCGAGAAGUGGCUGUCGGCAAGUCAGGGGUUGACCAUCAUUGACGCUGGGUUGGAGGAGAUGCCGUGA